AUGUCUGAACCUCCCCAAGUAUUUCGAGCUACCUACUCAAAUACCGAUGUGUACGAAUGCAUGAUGAACGAGUCCUCAAUUAUGAGAAGGUGUAAAGAUGACUGGGUCAAUGCUACACAGAUUUUGAAAUGUUGUAAUUUUCCUAAAGCAAAACGGACGAAAAUCUUGGAAAAAGGAGUACAACAAGGAUUACAUGAAAAAGUCCAAGGUGGGUUUGGACGUUUCCAAGGUACAUGGAUUCCACUAGAAGAUGCCCGUAAAUUGGCAAAAACAUACGGAGUCACCGAAGAACUAGCCCCAGUGUUGUUUUUGGAUUUCAGCGAUCCCAAUUUGAUUAUCCCUCGAAAAGAAAAGCCAGCGUCCAAAGAACCAGCAGCAGCCAAAAGAAAGUAUAUGAAAAAGGCCAAACAAGCAGGUGACCCUCCACGAAGAUACAAAACCGGGAAAAAGGCUGCUUUACAAGCGGCAGAAGAAGCUGCGGCCGCCGCCGCUGCAGCAGCAGCAGCCUCAACAGGAACUGGACCGGGAAACACACUCCCAAUAACGACGUCUGCAUCAAGAAUUAUUUCGCAAUUAUCUGCUACAACUCCUGCUAAUGUUGCUAUUCAAGGUAAUUCACAAAUACAGACAGGUCAAAUACACGAUGUAAUGUCAUCUCAGGACACUUUUAAUUCCAUAUCAAGACAAAAUUCUUACAUCCCACCAACUGCCCAACAGUUACCACACAUGUACAAUAUGUCUCAAUCGACACCAGCUUCAUCUCAACAACCGAUUGACAAUGGAAAUACAUUGAUCGGGACAUCUAACGGUGGUUUUGGGCAACCUGAAUUCCAACCAGUUAGUAACAACAAUAUGCCAGCCUACCCAAACGACAUUCAGAACUUCCAGAUGUUCCAAAGAAUGCAGCAACAACAACAACAGCAGCAGCAGCAACAAAUGCCAACUCAGCAAAGGUUUUUCCAAAAUGGAUCGGCACCCAACCCUAUUCCUCAACAAAUUUUACACCAAGGGAAAGUACUGUCUUCACAAUCAUCAAAUGAUAGCAAUUGGUCAUUUAGUAACACACAAAAGGAUAGCGAUACUUCAAUUAACUCAACAGCAGAGGAACCACGAAAGAUGCAAUUACAAGAACCUAGCCCACAAGCUGAUAAUGGCUAUGCAGCACAAUUAUUGCGUUUUUUCAGUGAAGACAAUGUUGACAUACCAUAUUUUAUCAUUUAUCCACCAGCAGACUUCAAUAUUAAUGAACCAAUAGAUGACGAGGGCCACACACCAUUGCAUUGGGCUGCCUCAAUUGGUAAUUUUGAAAUGAUUCAUUUACUAUUGUCAAAAGGAGCUAAUCCUCUUGUGGUGAAUAAUUUUGGUUUGAACCCGUUGUCUAAACUAAUAUCAUUCAAUAACUGUUUUGAAUUGAAAAACUUCCCUACAGUGUUGGAUGACUUGGAACUAUGUUUGAUAAACACCGACAUCAAUGGAAGAACUCCUUUACAUUAUUUGUGUCAAUUUGCAAAGUCCAAAACCAAGAAUGAUAGCUUGGUUUAUUAUUUGAAAGUUAUAUUGAACAAAUUAACCAUUUUGUCCAAUCAAAGUCAAGUGAGACAAAUCAAUUUGAUGAAAAACGUUUUAGACCAUCAAGAUGUGCACGGUGAUACUUGCUUACACAUUGCUGUUAGAUCUGGGAAUAUUGAUAUUGUAAAGAUAUUGUUACAGUACGGGGCUAUGGAUGAUUUGGAAAAUAUAAAUCGUGAAACAGCUAGACAACUUAUUACCCAAUGUAAUCUUAUACCGAAUUACACACAAGUGGACGCAGCACAAGUGGCAUAUCAAAACCAAAUGCAAUUGGGAAUGGGGGACUAUCUGAAUUACAAUGUUAAUAACAAUGCUAUGAAUCAGAACCAUAACGAAAGUAGCCAUAAUGUUCCAAUUGUUCCUGGUUUAGCUACACCUAUACAAUCAACUUUUACCAAAGUGGAGACUCCUGAUACGCAACGAACUACAGUUCAAGAAGACGAUAUGGACGAUGAUAAUGAAAGUGUUGUGGCAAGAGUCGAUAAGAAGCAUUUAGAAGCUUUGACAGAUAACAAAGAGAACAUCUUCACUGAAAAACAUUUUGACAACAUUUCCACUCCAAUAAAUAAAAAGCACAACCCAAUUAAUUCUCAUCACCCAUUAGCAGUUAUUUCAGAAGUUGAAAUAACAACAAGCAAUUCAGUGUCGGAAACCCCUAUGCCAUUACCAGAAGGAAAAAACCAAAGAAAACAACAACAAGAGACACCACUUCCACUCCCACUCUCACUCCCAAAACAACAACAAGACGAAAGAGAAGUAUCUGGAGAUGAAUCAACACCUCAUUUCUACCAUCCUCAUCCACCUAAGUUAAAUGACGAAGGAAAGAUAGAAGAUACUGAAGAUAACGUUGAACCCAAGUUACCAAUGUCAGAUUUGUCUUCGAUGAUAUCUGGUAUGAUUAAUUCUUUGUCUCAUACAUAUACUAGUGAUUCAGCAAAAUUGGAUUUAGAAAUCUUCAAGUUGAAGGAGUCCAUUAAUUUAAAGCAACAAGAAAAUCAAGAAUCGUUAACUAGGGUUCAAAAACUUUUGAUCAAUUCAGGAAUACAAGAACUGCAAAUUGAAUCUAUUGAACAAGGUCAAGAGUUGAUUAUUGAAACAAUCGAAGUUUGUGAGAGAACAAUAAAGGAAAAGGAACAAGAACUAUUAAAAGUUUUACAACAUAACCAAUCAAUUGAAUUAGCCAAAUUAGUUGAACAACAUGAGUCAAGAUAUUUGGAAGAAGACAAAAAGAAUCAUUAUGAAAAUAGUCAUAAUAGAGAUGAUGAUUUAAUAGAUCAAAGUCGAAUUGAUGAUGCUAUUGAAUUGAGUAAAUUGCAACUUGAACGUAAUCGAUUGGUCAAUGAAAUAGUGCUUCACACAAAGUCUUUUGGAAUUGAUGAAAAGAUGUAUAAAUAUAGAAAAUUGCUUAGUUUGAGUUGUGGUGUUAAAGUUGAAGAAAUUGACAGUUUAAUUGAUGGAAUUGCCGAAUCAUUAACUGAAGGUAUGACGUGA